GCAACCGCGUAGAAAGGUACCAUCAGUGCAAGCGCAAAGAUCCAGGUUCGGAAGCGGCGUGUCAUCAGCACCUUCAUAACACCAUCCAACAUCACCAUCCACCCAUCUCUCCGGCCGACGUAUCAGUACGAGAGAUAGUGUGAUACAACAAAUAACAACAUCAAGCCAUGGCUGAUGCGGAAAAGCAGCCCGAGCAGCAGCAACAGCAGCAGUCGCCGCCGCAAACCCAGCAGCAGGCCCAACCUGCUGCGAGCCCGUCUCAGCCCCAACAGCAGCAAUCCCAGCAGAGCCAGCCCCAGCAACAACAGCAGGCCAAGACUACUCAGGAACAGAAGGCCGUCAUCGCUAAUAAAGUUACUGGGACCGUGAAGUGGUUCAACGUCAAGAGUGGCUAUGGUUUUAUCAACAGAAAUGACACCAAAGAAGACGUGUUUGUCCAUCAGUCGGCUAUUAUUAAGAACAACCCGAAAAAGGCCGUAAGAAGCGUCGGCGAUGGAGAGGUCGUCGAGUUCGACGUGGUGAUCGGCGAGAAGGGCAACGAGGCGGCCAACGUCACCGGCCCGGAAGGUAUUUCCGUCAAAGGGUCGCCGUACGCGGCUGAGAAGCGCCGAAGCUAUCGCCAGUACUAUAACAGGCGAGGUGGUAGCGGUGGCGGCGGUGGCGGCAACACCGGUGGCGCUAGGCCGCUUCGCAGAAACCGCGACGGUCAAGAGGACUACGAGUCCGGUGACGGCGGUAAGACCGGAGACGAGCAGAGCGGUGGCGAGGGUGGUGGCAAUCAGCAGCAGAUGCGUCGCUACAGGCCCCGGCGUAACUACGACGGUGGCUACUACAGAGGUGGCGGUGGCAGACGUUCUGGCCCAGGCAACCAGCAGCAGUCGGAGAACGGUGCCGAGGGUGGCGUCGGUGGCGAACAGGGCGACGGCGAUGUUGGGCAGUCAAGAGGCGCAGGUAGAGGUAGAGGCGGACCCUCGCGGCGCUUCUUCCGGCGCAAUUUCCGCGGUGGACGCGGAGGUGGCGGCCCUAACCGUCGUCCCCGCAGCCAAGACGGCCAGUCAGAGCAGAAGGUUGACGCGCCUAGUAAUAAAGAUUCUGUCACUGCCCCAGCUUCACAGGAGAGUCAGCCGCAGCAAAACUCAUCCAACGCCAUUGCAGAAGGCACUGCUUAACCAACUACAGUUGUCGCCAUUUUAAAAUCACCAUCCCUUUCUACGUAACAACACAAUUCUAUCUGUUAUAAGGCGACAAAAAAAAUAAAAUUAAGAUAAAAUUCAAGUAAAUCAUUGUAACAGCUAACAGCAAACAGCAGCAGCAGUCUAUAAAAAUUGCUAUAAAAGGAUAAAAAAAGAAAAAAAAGAAAAAAAAUUGAAAAAAAAAAUCGAGUGAAAAAAGAUAAAGAUUUACCAACCAACACUACUCCACAGUCUCCCCACGAAACUUGCAAACACAAAAAUAAAGCUGAAAUUGCGAUAUGUAAAGUGAAAGAAAAAAAAAAAAGGAAAAAUGGUGUUAAGAAAGGAUUAUUCAGUGACCAAAGGUUGCGUUGAUGUGGUCAAAAGAUAAGUAUAAACAAUUAGAUCAAGUUAAAAAAUCCUAAGACACAUGUACACGCUUCUCCGACGUUUCUUUAUUGUUUAAACUGAGUUGUCGUUUGUUGUUUACGUAGUUUCAGUUUGCCUUUUUUCAUACCACAUAAACUUGGAAAGAUGAUCGUUUAAAACUAAGUGCUAUAAGUUCCACUAUAAACUUUACUAUUCUUGGUUCGUGAUGUUAAGAAAAACGAGACAAUUAGUGGUGGCAUAAUUCCAGUUAACUAACGAAAAAAACAAACAAAAUGCGUUAAAAAAAACUUUGUUGCACACUUUCGAUUAAAUAAUUUUUGACGCUUAUAAAACGCCAUUAGAGCGUUAAAACGUGAAGUUCUUUUUGCGUCUCGUAUUGAUGAACUAUAUUUUUUCUCGUUUACGCCGACGAGAGUUUAAAAGUCCCCGAAAAUAUCAAAUAUCAUUGUUUAUUUAUUCUCGUUUUAUCACAUACAUGUAGUAUUUUUUCAUGCAACAUAUCUACAUACUUAUUCAUAAACCUUAAAUAUUUCACGUUUUUUAAAUCCUUUAAGAUGAUUGUAUACUCCAAAUCAGGCAUGCGAUGUAUUGUUAAUUACGAAUCAAUGAACAUUACAAACGGAAUUGAAAAUUUUACGAUUCUGAAGACUUGUUGAAACGAUGCAAAAAUCAUUGUGAACUGAAAAAAAAAACCAAAAACCGUUGUAAAAGAAAGACUUUUUUCUCAAUCGUCGUCGUGACGGUGUUGCGUUUUUUUUUUUUUUUUAACCCCUGGAGGGUUUGUUUUUUUAAUUUAAUUCGGUGUUGCUUAAUUUAAGAUGAAUUGUAAUUUGCAUACCUUGUUGAACUGAUUUAACAUUGUACUUUAAUCAAUCGAAAAUUUAUCAACAAAUUUUCUACUUUUUUUUUUACUUGUAAAAAAAUCGAAAGCAACAAAAGACAAUAGAUUUAAUCGUCAAAUUAAUGCGUUUUGUUUAAAAAACGUAUUGUAAAUUAUAAAAAAAAAUUUGUAAUACUUUUUUUGUUUAAAAAAUCGAUAUAGCGCAUUUUUACAGUAUGAAAAGCUCAAAUUGUCACAACAUGGUGUCAUUUGUUACAUUGUCAAAAAAAUAAGAAUGUAAAAAAAAAGUAAAACCUUAUUUGUAAAAAAAAAUGUUUGCAUAUCUUUUUUUAAAAAAUAAUCAUUGUAACAUUACUUACACAUUACAAUAAAGUGUAACAUUUUUUCUAUGA